GAUAACGAAGUGAAUUCAAACUCGAUAACGUCAGCACCCUUGUCAGAAACCACUCAACGAGCAAGCGAGAAUGGAAACGAAACAACAGGAAGCAAAAAGAAACGAAAAAAGAAGAAAAAAACUAAACGGAAUCAAACCGCUCCGAGCGACGAUGGAGAAAAUAGCGACACGGGAGUGGUUUUGAAACCACUUGCUUGGAAAACACCGCCAGCCUCCUUAAAUGGUUUCCCUGGCAACGGCAGGAAAUUAGAACCAAUCAGGGCUCCCUUGCAUAACAGUGAGUUUUAGUUUAUUUUUAUUUCAUUAACUUUGUCUGCAAGUUUUUACAGGUAACUUUAUUACAGAAAUCAAUUUCGUCUUAAACAGUCAUUCUCUGGAACUCGCCAAGAUCUAAAAAUGACUCGCAAUUCAUGCAAAAAGUUUGUUAAGACAAUUAAGUUUUAACACAUGAUAUACCAGAAACUAAAAAGUUACUAAUUAUAUGACUAUCUAAUUAUCCAAAUUGAAACAAAUGAUGUUACGUUUCUUGUAAGAUUGUAUGCCUUAUUUUCAGGAUUUAUUAGUGAUUGCAGCUAGACGUAUCUUUAAAAAUAUUGCGGUAAUGCUCCUGUAGUAUUCGAAAAAUUUAAUCACCCGAAACAGUAUUUUCUAUGGAAUCUAUCAUCCAUAGAGAAUACUGUUUCGGGUGAUUAAAUUUUUCGAAUACUACAGGAGCAUUGCCGCAAUAUUUUGUACAUAUUGAUGUACAUAUUUUCGUACAUAAUAUGUACAUAUUGAUGGUAAUUGUAAUGUAUUUCUCGUUUUAGAUCUGUACUCCCCAUCAAAUGCUUCUCUUUUUUCCGACGAAGAAGACCAAGAUAAGGUACUGAAUUUCUGAACAUUGAUAUGCAGUUACUGGCUUGUUUUGACGACAUAUUUUGAGCUAGCUUUAUCUGUGCAGGAUAAACUAAACUAACUUUAUUUAUACUGGAUAGCUAUCAGUUCUAAACUGUUCUUCCUAGAGAUUCAGUAAGGAUCAUCUCUUAUUGAUCCAGUGUUACUACAGGAGGGAACCUAAACUAAACUAAAUUUUAUUUAUACUGGAUAGCUCUAUCAGUUCUAAACUGUUCUCCCUGGAAGUCCAGUAAGGAUCAUCUCUUAUUGAUCCAGUGUUACUACAGGAGGGAACCUAAACUAAACUAACUAAGAUGGAUGAGAGUUGAGAAAACUCUCAUGCGUAAUUCUCGCUUGCCAACUCAGCAAUUCGCAUGAGUUGAUCAGUGAUCAAUUUACGUUCUGUUUGUUUACAGUUCAGCAAUGGUCAUAUUCAAUCACGUCGACGAAGACCUAACCAGGAAGAUUGUGACGUCAUAACAUGA